AUGGUUGGCCAUAGAGGUGAAGAGGUGAAAAAUGGCACUACUAUAGCAACUCUCUCACAUCAUGAAGGUGAAAACCAUGAACCAAAAGGAAAACACAAUGCUUCCUUGAAUGAAGUUUUGUUCAACACAAGCAAAGAUAAUUAUAGAGGUGGAGGAGGAGGAGGAGGAGGUGGUGGAGGGUUUAGAUGGGGAUGGGGUGGUGGGGGAGGUGGUGGUGGCGGCGGCGGCGGUGGAGGAGGGAGUGGAUGGGGGUGGGGUGGUGGAGGAGGUGGAUGGUGGAAAUGGGGUUGUGGAGGGGAAGGAAGACAUAGACAUAAACAUAGACAUGGAAAUGGAAAAGAGUAUAUAAUGGGAGAGUUUGCAGAAUGCAUGGGAAGAACAAGGUGCGGAGGUAUGAGGUUGGAUUGUCCUCUUCACUGUGGUGGACCUUGUUUCUAUGAUUGUCUACAUAUGUGCAAGGCUCAUUGUCGUCGUCGACCUUGACAUUUACCCUAUACCUAUACUUCUUCUUCAAAUAUGUUCAACUCAUUUUUAUUUUUAUUUCUUCCCAAUGAUUUAAGGUGGAUACAACUUCAAAAUUGUGUUCAUCAAGAUUAUAACUAUGUGUAUUGCAUCUGUAACGUAGGAAAUUAUGUUAACAUCUAGUUUAGACUCUUGGUUCAGUUUGUACUUUUC